GGGGCUGGGCAUGGGGAGGGGGUUUGGGGUUUGGGGUUUCCUCCCGGCACUGGAAGCCCAGCCCAGGAAAUUCUUCCGGGCAGCCUCUCAAGCCCCUCUUUGUGCUCUUGGGAUUUUUAACAUUCCCGGCGGCUGCGGACGGGGUGCCCAGUGCCGGAUGGGGUGCCCGGUGCCGGAUGGGGUGCCCGGUGCCGGAUGGGGUGCCCGGUUCCAGAUGGGGUGCCCGGUUCCAGAUGGGGUGCCCGGUGCCGGACGGGGUGCCCGGUGCCGGAUGGGGUGCCCGGUUCCAGAUGGGCUGCCCAUCUCUCCCAGGCUCCGGUGGGAUGGGUGGGAUGGGAUCUGGUGUGGAUUUAGGGGGUGCGGCUGCCCAUCCCCACCCAUCCCAUCGGAGCCAAGGGCUGCCCCGCUCACCGGGGUGCCAUGGGGACCCCGCGCCACCCCCGGGGGGACCCUCAUCGCCCUUUCCCGGUGUGGAUUUGCUGUGGGAUGAAGGACUGAGGCUGCCGGUCCUCUCUGGGUGCCGAUCCUGCUGUGGCGAGCAGAACCCGUCCCUGCCUGCCACAUCCUCCCCUCCCAACGCCGCUGGCUCGGCUGUGCCAGGCCACAGCGCUGGCCUUGCUGCCAAGGCGUCCCCGAUUUCCUGCCUUGCUCCAGCUCCCGGGAACGACCUUGGCUGUCUCAGCGGCACCUCCGGGUGCUGGGACCCCCCUGCCCCGGGGCAGGAAGCCGCCAGCCCCGGGGGACAAGAGGAAGCGGCGGUGGCUGGUGCCACCCUGCCAGGACCUGGCUGCCCUCCCCGGAAGGAAAGCGCUGCCGGGUUGGGGACCCUCGGGGUGCAGCGGGGACAGGAGGCCCUCGCUGGGUGGUCUGUGGGGAGGAGGAGGGGGGUUCCCUCUGCCUCAUCCCCCGGAUCGCUGCCACCUCGCUCCUGCCCGCCCAGAGCCGCUGCUGCCAUGCCGGUGACAGUGACACUGCCCGGCCCGGCCCCGUGGGGCUUCCGCAUCUCCGGGGGAAGAGAUUUCGGGAAGCCCAUCACCGUCUCCAAGGUGACGGAGCACGGGAAGGCGGCCACGGGUGACCUGAGACCGGGGGAUGUCAUUGUCACCAUCAAUGGGGAGAGCACGGCUGAGAUGCUCAACGUGGAGGCGCAGAACAAGAUCAAGCAGAGCCCCGGGCAGCUCCGGCUGGAGGUGCAGAGGGCCCCGGUGCCACCUCCCAGCCACACCAACGGGGACACCUCGCCGGAGAUGUUGGCCACGCGCUUCCAGGACACGCUGUGGAUGCCGAGCGAGACCCAGAGUGCCCCCAGAACCCCCGGGCCCAGCCUGGCAUCCCUCACCCACCCGCCUGGCAGUGCCAGCUCACAGCCCCUGGAGCAGGAGCUCACCUGUCCCAGCCUCUGCCAGGAGCGACCCCUGAGCCGCCGGAGCAGCUCCCGGGGCCCCGUCCUGCCUCCACCCCCCCGCCCACCCUCACCGGAGCCCGGAGCCCCCCGGGACCCCCCGAAAAGCCUCAGGGAGAGGCGCCUCUCCUCCCCCUCUCCCGGCACCUGCCACAGCCAGGGCUCGGAGCCGGCCAUGAGGCGCUUGGAGGAGGACUCGGAGGUCUACAAGAUGCUGCAGGAGAACCGGGAGCUGCGGGCGGCCCCGCGGCAAUCCAGCACCUUCCGCCUGCUCCAGGAGGCUCUGGAGGACGAGGAGGGAGGAGGUCCCGCAGCCCCCUUCCCCAGCCGCCUCUCGGCCGGGGCCCGCAAGCCCGUGGCCGGGGUGCAGAAGCUGCACGUCUGUGAGAAGUGCGGGAGCAGCAUCGCGACACAGGCGGUGCGGAUCCAGGACGGCCGCUACCGCCACCCGUCCUGCUACACCUGCGCCGACUGCGGCCUCAGCCUGAAGAUGCGCGGCCACUUCUGGGUGGGGGACGAGCUGUUCUGCGAGAAACACGCGCGCCUGCGCUACCGGGGACCCCCGGGGACACCCGUGUCCCGGCCCGUGUCCCCCCGCUCCUGAGCCCCGGCACCGCGCGGUGGGGUCACCCCCGCAUCCCCCGUGAGCAUCUCCCGUGGGCAUCCCCCGGGAGCAUCCCCCGGACC